AUGACUAUAAAAUGAUACAAAAAAGAUACGAAUAAUAUAUAUUUUGUUUUAUAUUUGUAUUCCAUAUUCAAACGCUGAAAACAUGAUACAAAAUAUCAUCUCACUUUUGCGUAUUUAAUUGUUGAGGCAAGCAGUUAAUAGUAGUUAUCAGGAUUUGGACACUAUAUUAUGCCUGGGAUGAACCUAAGCUAAAUAAUGUAUUUUGCUACAACAAUCCAAAAUAGAACCUGUUUUAUCUCACUAUAAAAGUAAAGCAAUUAGCUAGAGCACAUUUUAAUCUGCAAUAAAGUAACUUGAUAACAGAUUCUAUGCUCAACAAUAUAACAAAGAAAGAAAACCGGAAAAAGAGAAUGCAAAAAAAGAGAUUGUUCGUAUCCCAAGGGGAUAGUAUUUCAUUUGAAAAAAAGAAAGAAAUGAUAACAUGACUAAUCACUUUUUGCCCGUUCGCGUUCAGAUAUUUACAGACUGAUGCUGACCGACAAAAAGUAUGGGCUGUCGGUCAAUUGGAUAGCGCUGCAUGCGAUGCCGUCGCUGAUACCGCAAACCGUGAACACGGCCUUAAAUCUUGAACAAUUCAUAUUGCUCCUCGAGGUGGUGCAGGAUAUGUUAAACAAUAUCGAGAGGCAAGUGCAAUUAACGUUGAGGUCAGUCAAGUUGCAUUUAAUUACAAACGUUGCUGGCUACUGGUGUGGUCGAUUUAACGAAACAAACACAUUUUUUUAUCGUUGUUUAGCGGUGUUCGGCGGAUGGUUCACCUCAUCGAGUUCAAACAACGGGAGUAAUAAUUUCUUGAGAGUGGCCACCACGUUCACGAGCAGACGUCUAUCAGACAACACUCUGGUAACACCGAAGAUACGAGUAGCGCCGUCUUGCGCGAGUUCACCAGGCGGGUCGCCCGGUAGCAGCCUGCCGAUCCGUCGACACUCCAGCACCGGCCCACAGGAACGACGUGCAUCAAAUAUUAAUUUGUCUCCACCCACGGCAUAUAAUGGAAGCGGAAUGCCGAUCACAAGUAGCAGCGUGCCAUAUUUGCUCAGCACGAGCCUGAACAGUAUUCGCGGUUCGAGACGGCCGUCCGUAUCCUCAGCAUCUUCGCAGCCAGGCGGGAUACUGCAGCAGGUUGGAUCCAGCAUGUAUCAAUUCUUCAACAGACAGCCUCCAGCACGAAGUGCACGAAGUGCCAAACGCCACUAAACAAAGAUCGGACAAGAUCGCGGUAGUUGUGGAGUCUCUAACUAGCGCGCAUCGAUCCACUCGCACACUCGGACAAUCGUAAAGGAAUAAUGAGGAAUCACAGAGAGACUCCCUCAUAAAGACAUCUCGGCAAAUGGUACGGUGGCAAUUUUCCCUUACUUAAUUUAACUUUAAA